AUGGGGUUACCCCAUGCUAAUGAACUAGGAAUCGAAAUAGGCAUAUGCAUGUUAAUUGUACUAAUCCUCUUGUACAAAAGAAUGAACUUGCUGAUCAAGAAAAGUAAAGAAAUUGAGACAUUGUUGAAACAACAUGGAUCCCUCGAUCCAAAGAGGCAUACUUAUGCAAAUUUGAAGAGAAUUACAAACUUCUUCAAAAUCAAGCUAGGUGAAGGAGGCUAUGGUAUUGAAUACAAAGAAAAACUACAUUGUGGGGAUCAAGUGGCAGUGAAAAUUCUUAAGAGAUCAUCAAAUCGAGAUAUGGAUAUGGUGGAAUUCAUCAAUGAAGUUGCAAGUAUUAGAAACACCAAUCAUAAAAACAAUGUGAAACUCCUAGGCUUUUGUUACGAGGGUUCAAAAUGCGCUAUUAUAUAUGACUACAUGCCUUGCGGAUCUCUUGAAAAGUUCACACAUAGAGGAAAAGACGAAACCAAUCAACAACUCUCAUGGGAAAGUUUGUUUGAAAUCGCAAUUGGGAUUGCAAGAGGGCUUGAAUACUUGCACCAAGGGUGCAACACGAGAAUUUUACACUUCGACAUUAAGCCCCAAAACAUUCUAUUAGACGAGAAUUAUUGCCCCAAGAUAUUUGAUUUUGGCCUGGCUAAGAUAUGCCUACAAAAGGACAACAUAAUAUCAAUGUCAGAAGCCAGAGGAACUGCAUGGUACAUUGCUCCUGAGGUUUUCUUCAAGAAAUUUGGCGGAGUUUCUCAUAAAUCAGAUGUUUAUAGUCACUGAAUGUUGGUUCUGGAAAUGGUUGGUUGGAUUUACAAGCAACUCGAGGAAGUUGAAGAGAUCGAUCAAAUCGAUACCACAAACAACAACAAGGGAUCAAUACUCAAAAGGAAGAUGGUUGUAGUGAGUUUAUGGUGCAUACAAACCAACCCCUUGACCCGACCAAAUAUGACUCGAGUUGUAGAAAUGCUCGAAGGAACACUCGACCUGCUACUGAUUCCUCCGAUUCCAUCUGUAGCUUCUCUUUUGAGAUCACAUCAAAAUUCUACGACUCUGGAUGAAAUAUCUGUUAUGAAUGGUGUGACUUGA